CCCGUUCCUCCCGUGCUCCUUCUCCCGCUCCCGUGCCCCUCUCCAGCCCUGCACCAGCCCCAUCAACUUUUUUCCCCACCCUUCUUCCCAGCCGGUCCCUCCGGUACCCAUUCCCACACCAGUGCACAGUCACUCUCCUUAGUGGCACUCACAUCCCCCUGUCCGGCCGUAAUCCCAUGCUGCAGGAGGCACUGGGCAUCCGCCCACAUGUCCUGGUGCUGAACAAGAUGGACCUCGCGGAUCCCCACCGGCAGCCGGUGAGCGCUGGGGCAGGGUGGGCUGGUGGGGGUCCGCAAGUCACCGUAGGCAGGUACCAUCAAUGUGCCUGUCCCCUUCAGGCCAUCUUGGAGCAGCUGAAGCAGCAGGGAUGCUCACAUGUUGUCUUUGCUGACUGCCAGCAUGAUAGAAACGUCAAGAAGAUCAUUCCCCUGGUUGCCAAGCUGGUGAGCAACAGCCCACGGUACCACAGGGCCGAGAACACCGAGUACAACAUCCUAGUGAUCGGCGUGCCCAAUGUGGGCAAGUCCUCACUCAUCAACUCCCUGCGGAGGCUGCAUCUCAAGAAGGGGAAAGCCACUGCGGUCGGUGGUGAGCCGGGCAUCACCAAGGCAGUGCUGACCAGAAUCCAGGUUAGCGAGAAGCCCCUGAUGUACCUGGUGGACACGCCUGGCGUGCUGCCCCCGAGGCUGGGGGACGUGGAGACGGGCAUGAAGCUGGCGCUGUGCGGAGCCAUUCGUGACCACUUAGUAGGAGAGGAUAUCAUGGCCGACUACCUCCUGUACACCCUGAACAAAUGGCAGCAGUUUGGGUACACACAGCGCUACGGGCUGGCUGCAGCCUGUGAUGACAUCGAGCCUGUGCUGAAGCAGGUGGCCCUCACCCUGGGCAGGACACAGAAGGUGAAGGUGCUGACAGGCACAGGGAACGUCAACGUGACAAUGCUCAACUACCCAGCCGCUGCCUACGAGUUCCUGCGGGAUUUCCGAGCAGGACGCCUGGGCAGGAUGACGCUGGACUGACAUCUGUCCCCCGGGAGAGGCAUUGCCUGUGGCCGCGAGCAGGGGAUGUCCCAGUGCCCCACGGGGCUGGGGCCACCUCUGCACGGGGCUCUGGUGUGUGAUUAAAGUGGUUCUGCCAGGGCGGCUGCCAGUUUUGGA